GGGUCUGAGAGAUAAAAGGUCAGGGAAGAGACACAAGGAGGACAGAGAGCCACCCAGGGAGAGACCAGUCGCAGUGGUAUAGCUGUCUGAUAGAGACCCUCACAGAAAUGAUCAGCAAUGCCUGGUGUUACCUACUGUAUCUGUACGGCCUGAUCAUCGACUCCCUCUCCAUCUGUAACAAUGGCGACCAUCUGUCAGCAUCGCACAUCAACAGGACACAGUUCCCUUUGCAGUACAUGGGGAACUGGCAUUUCUUGGCGGCUUCAGCAGGACCUGGAACAAAUGCGUUGGAGAUCUUCAAAGUCAUGGAUAAUGCCCAGUUCACUGUCCAAGCGGGUCUGGAGGAAGAGAAGCUGGAGUUCAGAGCAUCCAUCAAAGUCAAAGACGGCUCAUGUGUUCCUCGGAAGUGGAUUUACCUGUUGACUGAGGGCAGCACGAAGCUGAGGACGGAGGGGCACCCAGAUAGACUGACUGAGCUGUUCUCCUGCCGCUGCCCAGAGUGCGUUGUCCUGAAGGAGACAGAUAAUAGCACCGCCAGGCUCCUGCUGUAUUCGCGCUCACAGCAACUGGAAGACGUGUGUAUGGAGGAAUUCAGACGUAAAUCCAGCUGUGAAGGCUACAAGGAUGUUAUACAGAUUCCUCAGAAGCUAGAGAUCUGCCAUCUUACAUAAUGAUCGUGGUAUUUCGAAAGAAGAUAGACAGAAAUUAAUUAAUAAAAAGAAUUUAUAUCUA